GAUUCUAGAGAGGUUAUCUCGUGUACUCACCAAACCCUCUCCUCCCUAUCUAUCUAUCUCCGUCCCCUCACCCCUUCACCUUUUUAAUAUUAUAUAUCCCCAUUUCUAUUUCUCCAUUCCCAUUCCAUUUCCAAUUCCAAUUCCGAUUCCGAUUCAACUUUUUGAUAGAAAUGGCUUCUUCUUCAGCUGCUGCUCAAAUAAUCAACCCACUUGGAGCCACCAAAUCUCCUUUCCAAUCAAAAACACUCUUCUUCGGCCGAACUAAAUCCUUAUCCUUCACCCACCGACAAAAAUCCAUCAUCAAGAAACCCCUCCGAGUAGUGUCCGAGAAAGUGGUCGGAAUCGAUUUGGGUACAACAAACUCAGCAGUUGGAGCCAUGGAAGGAGGUAAACCGGUCAUCGUGACGAAUGCGGAAGGACAGCGGACCACACCCUCUGUUGUGGCGUAUACGAAAACCGGUGAUAGGUUAGUUGGCCAGAUUGCUAAAAGACAGGCUGUUGUGAAUCCCGAGAAUACUUUCUUUAGUGUGAAGAGGUUUAUUGGUCGGAAAAUGACUGAAGUUGACGAGGAAUCCAAACAGGUUUCUUAUACUGUUGUUAGAGAUGAAAAUGGGAAUGUUAAACUUGAAUGCCCUGCUAUUGGUAAACAAUUCGCUGCUGAAGAAAUCUCAGCACAGGUUUUGAGAAAGCUUGUGGAUGAUGCUUCGAAGUUUUUGAAUGAUAAGGUCACCAAAGCUGUUGUGACAGUUCCUGCUUAUUUCAAUGAUUCUCAAAGAACAGCAACCAAAGAUGCUGGAAGAAUUGCGGGUCUUGAAGUUCUGCGUAUUAUCAAUGAACCUACAGCUGCGUCGCUAGCUUAUGGCUUUGAAAGGAAGAACAACGAAACCAUACUGGUUUUUGAUCUUGGUGGUGGUACUUUUGAUGUUUCAGUUCUUGAGGUUGGUGAUGGAGUCUUUGAGGUGCUUUCUACAUCUGGAGAUACACAUCUUGGUGGUGAUGAUUUUGACAAGAGAAUUGUUGAUUGGCUUGCUGCAAACUUCAAGAAAGAUGAGGGCAUUGAUCUAUUGAAAGACAAGCAAGCUCUGCAGCGAUUGACUGAAACUGCUGAAAAGGCUAAGAUGGAACUGUCAACUCUGACACAGGCAAAUAUUAGCUUGCCAUUUAUAACAGCUACAGCUGAUGGUCCCAAACACAUUGAUACUACCCUUACAAGGGCAAAGUUUGAGGAACUAUGCUCAGACCUCCUGGAUAGGCUUAAAAGACCGGUUGAAAAUUCUUUGAGAGAUGCCAAGUUAUCCUUCACAGAUUUGGAUGAGGUGAUCCUUGUUGGUGGUUCCACACGUAUACCAGCUGUUCAGGAAGUUGUUAAGAGCCUUACUGGGAAGGAACCAAAUGUUACCGUUAAUCCAGAUGAGGUUGUUGCCUUGGGAGCUGCAGUUCAGGCUGGUGUCUUAGCUGGAGAUGUGAGUGACAUCGUUCUUCUAGACGUGACACCAUUAUCUAUUGGUCUAGAAACUCUUGGUGGUGUGAUGACAAAGAUUAUUCCAAGAAACACAACUCUGCCAACUUCGAAAUCUGAGGUUUUCUCUACGGCUGCUGAUGGACAAACAAGUGUUGAAAUUAAUGUUCUUCAGGGUGAAAGAGAGUUUGUAAGAGACAACAAAUCCCUUGGUAGCUUCCGUCUUGAUGGAAUCCCACCCGCCCCACGUGGAGUUCCACAAAUCGAGGUCAAAUUUGACAUUGAUGCAAAUGGUAUCCUGUCUGUUACCGCCAUUGAUAAAGGAACUGGAAAGAAGCAAGAUAUCACCAUUACCGGUGCUAGCACAUUACCAAGUGAUGAGGUACAAAGAAUGGUUAAUGAAGCUGAAAAGUUUGCAAAGGAAGACAAGGAAAAGAGAGAUGCCAUAGACACAAAGAAUCAAGCAGAUUCUGUUGUCUACCAAACAGAGAAGCAGCUUAAGGAAUUGGGAGAAAAGGUUCCAGCACCUGUUAAAGAAAAGGUUGAGGCCAAACUCGGAGAGCUCAAAGAGGCUAUCACUGGCGGUUCAACCCAAACAAUUAAGGAUGCCAUGGCUGCUCUUAACCAAGAGGUCAUGCAACUUGGUCAGUCACUCUAUAAUCAGCCCGGUGCACCAGGAGCUGGCCCAACGCCUGGAGCUGACUCUUCAGACCCAUCAUCUUCGUCAUCAUCGGGACAGGGUCCCGAAGGAGAUGUGAUUGAUGCAGAUUUUACUGACAGCAAGUGAUUCAUCUAAUAUGAAUAGCAGAUUUUUUUGGGUAUUUCUUGUCUCUUAUGAAAGGGGUUCAUUUGGGAUUGAUAUGUUCUUUUUGUUUUAAUGGUGAGAUUGAAAAAGUAUAGGAUUAUGGGAUAGUUAGAAUUUGAGAAGUGGUUAGACCACACCCCUUGUAACAAACUGGAUGGUGAGAGUGACCAUGCUAUGGAUUUUGUUAAUCAUUGCUUUACA